AUGCGGCUUCAUGGAGCAGAAGGUCUGGAAGCAGGCGAAUGCCCAGGAACCUGGAAACUUCGGAGAUCCAGCCGGCUGGUCGCAGACCGGCCUGGCAGGAGGCACUUACAGCAAGACCAUGCGAGAGCGCGAGCUGAACAAUGGCCGAUUUGCCAUGCUUCUUGGCCCUUCUUGCUUUGUGAAGAAGCAGCGGGCUGGCAAGCAGUUUCCGAAGGUGGAUCCCAUGAAAAGAAGAUGCGGAAGCAACAGCACUGCGGCACAUCCUGA